CAGACAAUCGAGUAUCAAUAUUUUCGUUAGUUUUAUGAAGUAGUAUGUAUGAAAUAAAGUUAUCUGUAGACAUUUAUAAUCAAAUGUACGAGAUAAGUCGUGUUUUGUGUAAUUAGUGUUCAGUGAGGAUAAAAAAAAAGUAAUAUACAGUGUGUGUGAGUAAAUAUUUGUUGCGCUAACCCCGGUUAUUAAACAAAAACAAUCAUGGCGGAUGCUGCGGCCAGACAAUUGCAAUAUGAAUAUAAAGCCAAUUCCAAUCUUGUUUUACAAGCUGAUGUGAGAUUAAUAGAAAGGCGUAGCAGAGAUGAAGCUACCGGUGAGGUAAUGUCACUUGUUGGAAAACUCGAUGGUACACGUAUGGGUGACAGAGCACAACGUACUAAACCAGGAAAAGCGGAAGAACGAAAAGUCAAACGUCAAAAGCGAGACGAAGCACAGUAUGAUUUCACGCGAAUGAAAGGUGCAACAUUACUCUCAGAAGGCGUGGACGAAAUGGUUGGAAUUGUUUAUCGUCCUAAAACACAAGAAACGCGGCAGACUUACGAAGUGUUGUUAAGUUUUAUUCAAGAAGCUUUGGGAGAUCAACCCAGAGAUAUACUUUGCGGCGCUGCCGAUGAAGUACUAGCAGUCUUGAAAAAUGAUAGACUUAAAGAAAAGGAUAAGAAGAAGGAAACCGAACUGCUGUUGGGUUCUUUGGCGGAAGAAAGAUUCGCGUUGUUGGUCAAUCUUGGGAAGAAAAUAACAGACUUUGGUAGCGACGAAAAGAAUCCCACGAAUGAGGAAAAUAUUGACGAAACGUAUGGAAUUAAUGUACAGUUCGAAGAAAGCAGCGAAGAGGACGACGAAGACGUUUAUGGCGAGAUUAGAGAAAACGACGACGAAGCCGACGAAGGCGAAGAAGCCAACGACGAUAGAGCUAUUCAUGCUGAAAAUCUGGGCGGUGCGGAAGAAAUGAAAAAAGAGAAGCCAUUGCAUCCUUUGGAUAUAGAUGCGUAUUGGUUACAAAGAAGAUUAAGCAGGAUCUAUGACGAUGCAAUGGUUUCGCAAGCACGUGCCGCGGAAGUGCUAGCAGUUUUAAAGGAUGCUGGGGAUGAUCGAGACUGUGAGAAUCAAUUGGUACUUUUGCUAGGCUACGAUUGCUUCGACUUCAUCAAACAGCUGAAGAAGUACAGGCAUACAAUUGCUUAUUGCACUAUGUUGGCAUCUUCACAGUCUGAAUCGGAACGACAGAAAAUUCGAAAUAGAAUGAACGAUGAUCCCGUAUUAGCAAAAAUUCUGCGUCAGUUGGAUACAGGUAAGGGUGACGACGAUACCGAUGAAACGAUGGAAGCAAGAGCGCAACGUAAAAGAAGAGAAGAGAAUGAAGAUACCGGAGGGCCUGGUGGCCAAGUCCAGGGUACAAGGAAUCUAAUAGAUUUAGAUGAUCUUAUGUUUGCACAAGGCAGUCACUUUAUGGCAAAUAAACGUUGCCAGUUACCCGAUGGUAGUUUCAGAAAACAACGGAAAGGUUACGAAGAGGUUCACGUUCCUGCAUUGAAACCGAAACCGUUUACAGAAAGUGAGAAACUACAUCCUAUCGAUCAGUUGCCAAAAUACGUGCAACCGGCUUUCGAGGGGUUCAAAACGUUAAAUCGGAUUCAGAGCCGUUUAUAUCAAACCGCGUUGGAGAGCGACGAAAAUUUACUGCUAUGCGCGCCCACGGGCGCCGGUAAAACCAACGUUGCGCUUUUAUGCAUGAUGCGUGAAAUUGGUAAGCAUAUAAACGCCGAUGGUACGAUCAACACCGACGAGUUCAAAAUAAUUUACGUCGCGCCGAUGCGCUCGUUGGUGCAAGAAAUGGUCGGGAACUUCGGUAAGAGAUUGUCCACGUACAACCUGACCGUAUCGGAAUUGACCGGUGAUCAUCAGCUGACGAGGGAACAGAUCGCCGCGACCCAAGUCAUAGUGUGCACCCCCGAGAAGUGGGACAUCAUAACGCGUAAAGGGGGCGAGAAAACCUUUACCUCGUUGGUCAGAUUGAUCAUAAUCGACGAAAUUCAUUUGCUGCACGACGAGAGGGGACCCGUGUUGGAAGCACUGGUCGCCAGAACGAUCCGGAACAUCGAAACGACGCAGGAGGACGUGAGGCUGAUCGGUCUGUCGGCGACGUUACCGAACUACCAAGACGUCGCGGCGUUUUUACGCAUAAAGCCGGAAACCGGACUGUUUUACUUCGACAACAGUUUCAGGCCCGUCGCGUUGGAGCAACAGUACAUAGGCAUCACGGAGAAGAAAGCGUUGAAACGUUUCCAAGUGAUGAACGAAAUCGUCUACGAGAAGACGAUGGAACACGCGGGCAGAAAUCAAGUCCUUAUCUUUGUGCACUCGCGAAAGGAGACCGGGAAAACCGCGCGUGCCAUCAGGGACAUGUGUUUGGAGAAAGACACGCUGGGACAGUUUCUCAGAGAAGGAUCCGCGUCCAUGGAAGUUUUAAGAACGGAGGCUGAACAGGUCAAGAAUCAAGAACUUAAAGAUUUGUUGCCUUAUGGGUUUGCUAUCCAUCACGCUGGGAUGACGAGGGUGGAUCGUACGUUGGUCGAGGAUCUUUUCGCGGAUAGACACAUACAGGUUUUAGUAUCGACCGCGACCUUAGCGUGGGGUGUUAAUCUACCCGCGCACACGGUUAUUAUAAAAGGUACUCAGGUGUACAAUCCGGAGAAAGGUAGGUGGAUCGAGUUAGGCGCGCUGGACGUGUUGCAAAUGUUGGGCAGAGCCGGUCGACCGCAGUACGACACGAAAGGCGAGGGUAUCCUCAUCACGAAUCACAGCGAGUUGCAAUAUUAUUUGUCUCUGUUGAAUCAGCAGCUACCCAUCGAGUCGCAAUUGAUCAGUAAAAUGUCGGACAUGCUGAACGCCGAAAUCGUGCUUGGCACUAUACAAAACAUCAGGGACGCCGUCACUUGGCUGGGGUAUACCUACUUGUACAUCAGGAUGCUUCGUUGCCCGAAUUUGUACGGGAUCAGUCACGACAAGCUAAAGGACGAUCCGUUGCUCGAGUUACACAGAGCGGAUAUUAUUCAUUCGGCCGCCGUAGGAUUGGAUCGAAGCGGCCUGAUCAAGUACGAUCGAAAGUCGGGAAAUUUCCAAGCUACCGAACUGGGACGGAUAGCGUCUCAUUAUUACUGCACCCACGACACGAUGGCGAUCUACAAUCAAUUGCUGAAACGUACCCUGAGCGAGAUCGAACUGUUCCGCGUGUUCUCGCUGUCCAGCGAGUUCAAGCACAUAAACGUCAGGGAAGAAGAGAAAUUGGAAUUGCAGAAAUUGAUGGAGAGGGUGCCCAUCCCGGUGAAAGAAAGCAUAGAGGAACCUAGCGCGAAAGUCAAUGUACUUUUGCAAGCGUACAUCUCUCAAUUGAAGCUCGAAGGUUUCGCUCUCAUGUCCGACAUGGUGUUCGUUACUCAGUCCGCGUCCCGAUUGAUGAGAGCAAUAUUUGAAAUAGUAUUGUUCCGCGGUUGGGCGCAGCUGGCCGACAAGUGUUUAUCGUUGUGCAAAAUGAUCGAUCGUAGAAUGUGGCAGUCGAUGUCGCCUCUGAGGCAGUUCAGAAAGAUGCCCGAAGAGAUCGUGAAGAAGAUAGAAAAGAAGAACUUCCCGUGGGAGAGACUGUACGAUCUCGGACCGAACGAGAUUGGUGAGUUGAUUCGGGUGCCGAAACUCGGUAAAACGAUCCACAAAUAUAUACAUCAAUUCCCAAAGCUGGAACUGUCGACGCAUAUUCAACCGAUAACGCGUUCCACUUUAAGGGUCGAGUUAACAAUCACGCCUGAUUUCCAGUGGGACGAGAAAGUACACGGUGCGUCGGAAGCAUUCUGGAUCUUGGUCGAAGACGUGGACUCCGAAGUGAUACUUCACCACGAAUAUUUCCUGUUGAAAGCUAAGUACGCGGCGGACGAGCAUUUGAUAAAAUUCUUCGUGCCGGUGUUCGAGCCAUUGCCGCCCCAAUAUUUUCUACGGGUCGUGUCGGACAGGUGGAUCGGAGCGGAGACCCAGUUGCCCGUCAGCUUUCGCCAUUUAAUUUUACCAGAGAAGAACCUGCCGCCCACCGAGCUGCUCGAUUUGCAACCGCUUCCAGUCACCGCGUUGCGUAACUCCAAGUUCGAGAACAUCUACACGGACAAGUUCCCGCAGUUCAAUCCGAUUCAAACGCAGGUGUUCAACGCUGUGUACAAUUCGGACGAUAACGUUUUCGUGGGCGCGCCCACGGGCUCGGGGAAGACCACCAUCGCGGAGUUCGCGGUGUUGCGUUUGCUCAGUCAGAACCCCGAAGGCAGAUGCGUGUACAUGGUCAGCAAAGAGGCUUUGGCGGAAUUAGUGUACACCGACUGGUCGAUAAAAUUCAAUCAGCAGUUGGGCAGAAAGGUGGUUCUGCUGACCGGGGAAACGGGAACAGAUCUUAAAUUGCUCGCCAAGGGACAGAUCAUUAUCACAACCGCGGACAAAUGGGACGUGUUAUCUCGAAGAUGGAAGCAAAGAAAAAAUGUACAAAACAUUCAACUGUUCAUCGUCGACGAGCUCCAAUUGAUCGGUGGUGAAGAAGGGCCUGUGCUGGAGGUAGCGUGUUCAAGGGCGCGUUAUAUCUCCUCGCAACUGGACAAACCGACCAGGAUUAUAGCGUUGUCAGCUUCACUCGCGGAUGCAAAAGAUGCGGCUCAAUGGUUGGGCGCGCCAGCCGCUGCAACCUUCAACUUUCAUCCGUCGGUCAGGCCUGUGCCUUUGGAGUUACACGUGCAAGGGAUAAAUAUUACUCACAACGCGUCCAGGUUGGCCGCUAUGGCGAAACCGGUGUACAACGCGAUACUUCGUUACGCCUCCCACAAACCAGUAAUCGUUUUCGUGCCUACUCGUCGUCAAGCCAGAUUAACGGCCAUCGAUUUAUUGACGUUCACGGCGGCCGAGGGGCAGCCGUCUCGAUUCUUCCACGCGGAAGAAGUCGACAUCAAACCGUUCUUGGACAGAAUGACCGACAAGACGUUAAAGGAAACGCUCUCCCAAGGAGCUGCUUACCUUCACGAAGGAUUAUCCGCGGAUGAUCGGCGUCUGGUCGAGCAGCUCUUCGAUAGCGGCGCUAUCCAAAUAGCAGUCGUCACGCGUGACCUAUGUUGGGACUUAUCCAUUAGUUCUCACCUUGUCGUUGUUAUGGACACUCAGUGUUACAACGGGAAAACACACACAUACGAGGAUUAUCCUAUUACCGAUGUUCUGCAAAUGGUGGCGCGUGCGAAUCGUCCAUUAGAAGACGACGAUGCUAAAUGUAUCCUCCUCUGUCAGAGCUCGAAGAAAGACUUCUUCAAGAAAUUCUUGAACGAACCGUUGCCCGUGGAGAGCCAUCUGGACCACAGAUUACACGAUCACUUCAAUGCUGAAAUCGUGACAAAGACGAUUGAAAAUAAACAGGACGCUGUCGACUAUCUUACCUGGACUUUCUUGUACAGGCGGCUCACGGAGAAUCCAAAUUAUUACGGAUUGCAAGGCGUUACGCAUAGACACUUGUCGGACCAUUUGUCUGAAUUGGUCGAAAGCACACUGAGCGAUCUUGAGCAAGCGAAAUGCGUCGCCGUCGAAGACGAGAUGGACACCUUGCCUUUGAAUCUUGGAAUGAUCGCUGCUUAUUAUUACAUUAAUUACGCGACGAUCGAAUUGUUCAGCCUUUCUUUGAAUAAUAAAACUAAGAUCAGAGGUUUGCUGGAGAUCAUUUCAGCGGCUGCUGAAUACGAGACUGUUCCCGUUCGGCAAAGGGAAGAAAAUCUCUUGAGGAGUUUGGCGGCCCGCCUUCCACACGCUCCUCAAGCUACCAGAAUGGCCGAUCCUCACGUGAAGGCGCAGCUUUUGUUGCAGGCGCACUUGUCCAGGAUACAACUUGGUCCGGAGCUACAAAAAGACACGGAGUUAGUGUUGAGCAAGGCUGUCAGGCUGAUACAAGCUUGCGUCGAUGUUCUUAGCUCGUCCGGUUGGCUGGCGCCUGCGGUUGCUGCUAUGGAAUUGGCGCAAAUGGUCACGCAAGCGAUGUGGUCGAAAGAUUCCUAUUUGAAACAGUUGCCACAUUUCACGUCCGAAACUAUCAAACGUUGCACGGACAAAGGUGUGGAAACCGUGUUCGACGUAAUGGAACUCGAGGACGAUGACAGAAAUCGCCUUCUGCAGCUAUCUGAAAUACAAAUGGCGGAUGUCGCUAAGUUCUGUAAUCGUUAUCCUAAUAUAGAAAUGUCCUACGAGGUCCAGGAGAAGGAUAAAUUGCGUAGCGGUGGUACAGUCAAUGUUAUCGUUCAACUCGAAAGAGAAGAUGAAGUUACUGGACCAGUUGUGGCGCCAUUCUUCCCACAAAAACGCGAGGAAGGUUGGUGGGUUGUUAUAGGCGAUCCGAAGACCAAUUCUUUGCUGUCUAUCAAGAGAUUAACGCUGCAACAAAAGGCGAAAGUUAAACUUGAUUUUGUUGCGCCCGCGCCUGGACAACAUUCCUAUACUUUGUAUUUUAUGAGUGAUGCCUAUUUGGGAUGCGAUCAAGAAUAUAAAUUUACCAUAAAUGUAGGAGAAUAUGACUCGGAUGCCAGUUCAGGAUCAGAAUCAGACUGAAAGUAGUAAUUCUGACCAACCAUUAUCUACAUUACACUCACUGAUCGAGAUUUCAUUCUUACAAUAUUAAAAUAAGUCGAUUGUGAUCCAAGGUAUCUUUUUUUUUUUUUUUUUCAAAUUUCAUGUGCAAAAUGUUUUUAACUGUAUAUUAGUAGUAGUGACGAAAUGUAAUAAUACCAAAGUAUUGAGUACAGAUAAAAUAUUCUUCAUUCGAACAGAAUUUGAUCACAAUUAGAAGACAAGAAGAUGUUAAUUUAAUGUAAUUUUCUAAUGUAAUAAUAUUAAAGUUAUCUCUUUCUUUAAUAUUUAAAUAUGUAUAGU